AUGAAAGUGUUUAUAGUCAUAGCUCUGGUUAUAGCCAACGUUGCCGUCUCCAUAUCCUCGGGGGUGCAGUCCCUGGGCGCAGUCCAAGGCGUCCAAGGACGCAUCACGAAUGGACAACCUGCUGCGGAGGGUCAAUUUCCAUACCAGGUGGGACUCAGUUUUCUCAGUGGCAUAACCAGCGAAACAUAUUUCUGUGGCGGCACCAUAAUUGGCGAACAGUGGGUCCUAACUGCCGCCCAUUGUACGGAUGACGCCGUCAAUGUGGUCAUCUUCUACGGCUCCACGGAGCGCACGUCGGCCCUGCUUUACCAGGUUGCGAUGAGCCCACAAUUUGUGCAGCAUCCGGAUUACAGCGACCGUCCGCUAAGCAAUGACAUCGCUUUGAUCAACACGCCAGUGAUUGCCUUUAGCGCCUAUAUCAACAAAAUCGAGCUGCCGCCAAUUUCCAGCAGCUACUCCACCUAUGCUGGCCAGCAGGCUAUUGCCUCUGGCUGGGGUGUAACCUCUCAGUGGAGCCAUGAUCUUUCAGAUACACUGCAAUACAGUAUCUUUGAUAUUAUAUCUGUCGAUGCCUGCCAGAAGUUCUAUAGCGAUGUGGUUGCAUCCAGCAAAGUUAUCUGCAUUGCCACGCCCAACAAGAAAUCCACAUGCAGCGGCGACUCGGGCGGCCCAUUGGUGGACAUCAACAGCGGCAAACUGAUUGGCGUCACCUCCUUCGGCUCUAUCUAUGGCUGCGAGUAUGGAGAACCAUCUGGCUUUACUCGGGUCACCAGCUAUCUAGACUGGAUCAAGGAUACCACGGGUAUAUUCUAUUGA